GGCCUUAGCAGCCCUCGCCUUGUUUCAACAGUAGUUGGGUGUAGUUUCCAAAUAAUGUAAUACACAUUUUGAAAAUGUUUUUUAAAAAGUACUAAAGCAUCAUGUGCAUUAUAGCUAAUGCUAUAUUCUGUAAAUAUUAGUAGUGAAAUAAUCAAUUUUAGUUUCGAUGUAAUAAAUGAAUUUUAUGAAAAGCUGAACCUCUUGAGAUGAAGAAAUCUUUUAAAAAGGAAUUUGUCAAUAGGGCUGGAAUGAGUAUAAUGAAACGUUUUCGUCAGUAUGCUCGAUAAGAGGCGGUUACCUACCAUUGGAUCUUCAUCAUGUUACUUAAUAUUUGUACUCGCUCUCUUCUUCACUGGAUGCGCUUUCUUCUGGUGUCACAAUGCUUACCAAGUUUCAAUUAUAUUAUCGUCUAAUGUAAUGAGUACUCCAGGAUUUGUUUUAGUCCUUCCUGGAAAUAGUACAGAAUAUUCACAAUCAUUAACAAUAAAUGAACUAUCGAAUGAUGAUGAGAAUACACUUAUUGAUUUGAAGAGUUUUAAAUUUCUUUUAAAUCAUGAUAUGUGUAAUAAAACUCAACCGCUUUUAUUAAUGAUGGUUCAUUCUGCACCAAAAAAUGUGGAAAAAAGAAAUGUCAUUCGCGAAACUUGGGGUAAAGCAUCAUCAUCUGUAACAACAAUUUUCCUUAUUGGCUGGUCUGAAGAAUAUCAAGCCGAACUUGAAACGGAAGAUUUAAGAUAUGGUGAUUUAAUCCAAGGAAAUUUUCAUGAUGCCUAUAGAAAUAUGACUUAUAAACACGUCAUGGCUCUAAAAUGGGCCACAUAUCAUUGUCCUGGUGCCAAAUACAUAUUAAAAUUGGAUGAUGACGUAUUCGUGCAUAUCAAUGCAGUGUUGGAUUUCUUAAAGCAUCAUUUGUCACCUUGGGGAGCUAGGCGUCUUAUGCUUUGCGAUCCACUUUCGGCAAAAGUGAAAAGAUCCUAUCGUUCAAAAUGGCGUGUAUCACCACGAGAAUAUCCUGGAAGAGAAUAUCCACUUUAUUGCGCAGGAUGGGCUAUUUUCUAUUCUCCUGAUACUGCAUUUUUAUUAUAUCGUGAAGCUCAAAAAGAACCUUAUUUUUGGAUAGAUGAUGUUCAUAUCACUGGGACAAUAGCUAGGAAAGUUAAUUUAACUCAAGUGUCAGUGCACUCACUAGUGCUGACAAAGAAUGAGAAAAAUGACAUCCUACUUAAUAAUUCUGCUUGUUCCAAGAAUUUUUUGUUUGGAUCGCCAAAUUUGAAAGGAGAAGAAAUAAAAGCUCUGCACAGUAUUGUUUCUCAUUGCUCAAUAUUAAGUAAUUAAAAAUUUGUAAACUAAUAUAAAUAUAGAAACUUUUAGUGAAAUACUCUAAUAAAUUUAAGUAGUUUUUUUUUGUUGAUUUUACAUUUACAA